GCACAAGUACUGCGGGAGAGCAAAAGGCCUACAAUCUGCAGCCAGAGCCAGGACGGACACCAGGGCAGGUCCCCCAGAGAUGCUGACUCCUCCAUGCAGAGCGGCUGAGGCCCCAGGGUGGUGGUCUUGCUCCAUGUUGCCCCACAGCCUGCUGGGCAGAGUCGGCACGGUGCUGGGGCUGCUGGCCAUACUAGGGCUGGGCCUUGUGACUGUCACCUACUUCCUGGUGCGAGUGUCCCCUCCUCCUGCCUGCUGCCAGCUGUACCACAAGGAAGAGAACCUCAGGUCCUGGGAGGCCCUGGGCAGGGAGGCUCAGCUGCAGAGGGACUCCUGCCGACUUGUCCUUGCUGAGAGCCUCCCCAAGGACUUGCCUUAUGCUGCUGGCAGCCCAUCAGCCCAGUCCCUGGCCCUCGCCUGGCUGCAGCUGCUGGACACCGCCCAGGAGAGUAUCCAUGUGGCCUCCUACUACUGGUCCCUCACAGGGCCUGACAUCGGGGUCAAUGACUCCUCCUCCCGACCGGGAGAGAUCCUUCUACAGAAGAUGCAGCAGGUGCUGGCCAGGAAUGUCUCACUGGCCGUGGCCACCAGCGGCUCGGCACCAGCCAGGAACUCCACUGACCUUCAGGUGCUGUUGGCCCAUGGUGCCCAGGUGCGACACGUGCCCAUGAAGCAGCUCACCGGAGGUGUCCUGCAUUCCAAGUUCUGGGUCGUGGAUGGGCAACACGUCUAUGUGGGCAGCGCCAACAUGGACUGGCGGUCCCUGACACAGGUGAAGGAGCUGGGCGCCAUCAUCUACAACUGCAGCAGCCUGGCCCAGGACCUGGAAAAAACUUUCCAGACCUACUGGGUGCUGGGGGCGCCCCACGCCAUCAUCCCUAAGACCUGGCCUCGGAACUUCUCAUCCCACAUCAAUCGCUUCCGGCCCUUCCGAGGCCUCUUUGGCGGCCUCCUCACCACAGCCUACUUCUCGGCUUCGCCACCUGCGCUCUGUCCUCGAGGCCGCACGCGGGACCUGGAUGCGGUGCUGGCAGUGAUGAAGGGUGCACAGGACUUCAUCUAUGUCUCGGUGAUGGACUACUUCCCCACCACCCGCUUCAGCCACCCUGCCAGGUACUGGCCAGUGCUGGACAAUGCUCUGCGGGAGGCAGCCUUGGGCCGGGGUGUGCAUGUGCACCUUCUGGUCAGCUGCUGGCUGCACACUGACCCCACUAUAUUCCCGUACCUGCGGUCACUUCAGGCCUUCAGCAAUCCCACGGCCGGCAUCUCAGUGGACGUGAAAGUGUUCAUUGUGCCCGUGGGGAAUCACUCCAGCAUCCCUUUCAGCCGGGUGAACCACAGCAAGUACAUGGUCACAGAGAGGGCAGCCUACAUCGGUACCUCCAACUGGUCAGAAGACUACUUCAGCAGCACCUCGGGGGUGGGCCUAGUGGUCCACCAGCAGGCCCCCCGAGCCCAACCAGGGCCACCCCCCGUGCAGGAGCAGCUGCGGCAACUCUUUGAGCGGGACUGGAGUUCCUCCUAUGCUGUGGGCCUUGACGGACACACCCUGGGCCAGGACUGUGUUUGGCAGGGCUAAGGCCCAGCCUCCUGGCUCUGGGCCCAUAACCCUCAGUGGACGCUGCUGCCCCUAGGGCAUCAGUUCAGGUGCAGAGCUGUGAAAGCAAAACAGCUUUACUUGUGCCUGAGAACUGCAAUGCAGAUUUGGCAGUUCUGACCUGGACCUCUGGGGUCACAGAUCACAUGGGCCAAGUGGGCCUGGGGACACCCCAUAGGUUGCUGGGGAGGAAGGCGACAGUGUGGAGAGGGGCCCAGCACUCAAUGGUCCCCAUGACCCAUCACAAGGGCCAUUGUCCCCAAGUACAGAGCUCGUGGGUCAUGGUGAACACUGUCCAGCUACAGCCCCAAUAAGAGAUGCUAAUGUCCGGAGCCCUGGCCUGGGUCAAGGGCAGCACUCAUGGUCUUUUUCUU